AGUUUUUUUUUUUUUUGACUUGUAUUAGUUUAUUUAUUUAUUUAUUUUAUGGAUAGAAAAAUCAAGCCCUAAUUAGAAAUAUAAUAAGAACUUAAGAACUAUCCGAAUCAGGAUAGUAAUAUGUUGCAUUAUCAAAAGAAGAAGAAAAAUUUGACUUGUAUUAGUUGUUGAUUAAAUAACCAAUUGUAGAAAUUUGAGAUCACGUGAGAAUCUCCUUUUUAUCCCGGCAAAAAAAAAAUGUAAAUAUAUAAUAUAUAUUUAAGUGUGAUAGGCUAAAAUAACGAACAAAAUGUUCUUGUACUUGAUAAUGCACGAAUUCAUCAUUAUGAACGGUACAGGAACGCGACAAACGACAGUGCACAUCCUCCGUCGGAGGAUGAACAAUUUGAAGAUGCAUUAGCGAGUCCUAAGUUAUUGGCGAUUUCGAUAGUACCUAAAAGCAAAGAAGAGCUUGAAGAUUAUAACAAGUUGAACAAUGGAUUUAGUACCAGAAUAAAUGAGAUUAACGGUUGAACAAAUUUAUAGUAAGGUUUGUUUUGUUUGCGUUGGAAAAGGUUUGCGGAACACGCGAUCGAGUGGAAAAUUUUCGAUCGUACUUCGAAUAUGUUUCCGUCAAGGCGUAAAUUUAAUGGGGUUUAUUUUUAAUGUAUUAAUUGGGGUUUUUUUUUGUUUUGGUUGUUUUGAUUUAGCUUUCACAGAAGCAAUUUUCUUUGUUUGUUUGUUUAUAUCAAUUUUUUGGGGGUAGUAAAGAUGGAAAAGCGGAAAAUAUAGAAAACAGGAAAAUAUUAAAUAAUCAAAAAAAAAAAAAAAAAA